AAACGAGGAAGAAGAAGAAAAUUGAAGAUUUUGUUGUGUUGGCGACGAUGAUGACGAUACCACCUGCAUCGUGCUCAUCUUAGCUUCCUCCUCUUUUUGAGUUUAUCUGUAUUUAUUCCACAAGGGAGGAAAAAAACUCCUUUUUGACUUACAUUUGUUUUUAAGAAGAAUCUAGAAGAUAACAAUUGAGGAGCUUCCUGUUAUAGGAUUCACGAUUAGGGUGUUACUUCAUCUCAUCGGAGUUGUGUUUUUACGGAGGAUUUCAGCUGAAAUAUUGGGAAUUUAGGAGUUUAGAGUUGGAUUGAGAUAAGGAGGGUUGAGGUAUAAACUUAAGUGGUUUGGUUCUUUUGUAGCAAUUGUUUAUGUUUGGGAGAGGAAGAUGAGAAUUGCAAGUGUUGUUAUGGUUAUUGGUGCUAUGAGACUUGUCUCUGGUGUGAGUUGAAAAAAUAGUAGAUACUUUGUUUAACGUCUUUUGACUAUGGAGAAUCAUCAUCCUUCGACUCUCUUGUCUAUGGAUUCUAGUGCUUCUUCUCAUGAGGAGCUUGAUUUGGAGAUGAAUAAUAAUAACAGACAAUCUCUUCUCUCUGGCCCUCCUGAUAUCAAUUUGCCUCUCUCUGCUGAGCGAAGUCCUCCUCCACAGCCUUGGAACUUGGAUUCUUGCGACAUUUUGGAUGUUGGGUUAGGUUCACAGGCUUAUGAGACUGAGAAUUACUUGAGUGUUGUGCCUAAGGUUGGGAGGAAAUGCGCGAAACGGGUUGAUAGUAUCUGGGGUGCCUGGUUUUUCUUCAGUUUCUACUUCAAGCCUGCGUUAAACGAAAAAUCAAAGGCGAAAAUCGUCCGGGAUAGCAAUGGGAUCUCUGGGUUUGACAAGUCGGAUUUGAAGCUUGAUGUGUUUCUAGUUCAGCACGAUAUGGAGAACAUGUACAUGUGGGUUUUUAAGGAAAGACCUGAGAAUGCACUCGGGAAGAUGCAGUUGAGGAGUUACAUGAAUGGGCAUUCUAGGCAAGGGGAUCGCCUGUUUCCUUUUAGUGUUGAAAAAGGUUUUGUAAGGUCUCACAGAAUGCAGAGGAAGCACUACAGAGGUUUGUCAAAUCCGCAGUGUGUUCACGGGAUUGAGCUUGUUCCUUUGCCAAACCUCACAUGUCUUGAUGAGGAAGAGAGGAAAAGGUGGAUGGAGCUUACUGGUCGUGAUUUGAAUUUCACCAUUCCAACUGAAGCUAGUGACUUUGGUUCGUGGAGAAACCUUCCCAACACUGACUUUGAGCUCGAGAGGCCGACACCUUCUUUGAAGAAUCCUUCUGCAAGCCACUCUAAGAAAUUACUCAAUGGAUCAGGGCUCAAUCUCUCAACUCAACCAUCCAACCAUUCCAAUGGUGAAGCAACCGAUCUAUCUCCCUCAAGCCACAAGAAGAGGAAGGACUUAUUCUCAAAUGGGAUCCAUGAGGAGGAAUGUUGCUUAACCGUGAACCCGAUACCUCCUGUUAUCGAAGCUCACCAGAACGAGCUACCAAAUUGGUCAAACGAGUUUACCGGGGCCAUGAAAAACGUUUAUGGACCUGUUACUGCUGCAAAAACGAUAUAUGAGGAUGAAGAAGGCUACUUGAUCAUAAUCAGCCUUCCUUUUGUGGAUUUAAACAGCGUUAAAGUCUCAUGGAGGAACACCCUCACACAUGGAAUCAUAAAAGUUUCAUGCAUCAGCACAUCGCGCGUUCCAUUUAUAAAGAGACAUGAUAGAACAUUCAAGUUGACAGAUCCAGCCUCUGAGCACUGCCCACCAGGAGAAUUUGUCAGAGAGAUCCCGUUAUCAACCCGGAUCCCAGAAGAUGCAAACAUUGAAGCGUAUUACGACGGACCUGGAUCAGUUCUUGAGAUACUUGUUCCAAAACUAAGAGCUGGCCCGGAAGAGCAUGAGGUGCGGGUGUGUCUACGUCCUCAUCUCAGUGGAAAUGAUCUUAUGCUGACAUAAAAAAGAGAAGCAUCAGUCCAGUUUUCUUGUUUUUAGAAGCUUAUUAUAGGAGUCAUCUCUCAUUGAUAUUGGCCACUCAUACAUAGGCGUUUUCACUGUUUUAAUGGGAUUUUUCAUCACAUUGCAAUCUGUGUGUACGAUUCCUUGGAUUCGACCCUACCCGUAGAUUCAAUUUGUGUUUGUUGUACAAAGAUAGAAAAUUUGUCAUAAUUUAAGAUAGUACUAAUUUA